AGCAGACUGCUAGCUGGUCGCUAGCUUGGCGAUGGUGACGGCGAUGCUGGAAGAGCUUGACCGAGCGCGACCUAGCUAGGUGCAUGCAUGCAUGAACACACGUGAAUGCACACUCGAUUUGCUUGCGAGGAGAAUGUGGCGCUGGGGCAAUCUUUCUGGUGUAUGCUCUUUGCUAACUACUAAUCGUCCAAGCAGUGAUUGGAGUGCCUGCGCGAAACCACGAUUUGCAAGCCUUGGGGCAGAGUUGCCUGUGAUAAGGACAACUUCUUGCUGCCAGCUUGCAUGAGAUGGUGCACCGCCUUUCUUGCGAAUGAAACGCGGGCCUGUUCUUCUUCAUUGCUACAUUGUCGCCGUCGCGAGGACAUGAACGAUAUCCUCGUCAACACUGCCGAUGCAGCGCUAGCAGUCAGCUCGAUGCACGACCCAGGCGAGCUACCGGCGGCCCCCGUCGAGAAGCUUGCAAAAGAUAUGUCAUCUCAGCUCUUCUUGCACAAUGCAGCCGUCACCCACUUGCAACAACUGCGGCGUCGCUCGUCUGACUCUGCGAUGGAAGACAAGCGCGCGCCGCUCGAUCUGCAAAAAUGGGCUGCAGAGGCUAGCGCAGCGGGCUCGCCACCCUGGGAGUCGGAACGCAGGACGGCAGAAGAGUUUGGCCGAGCUCCCAGGCUGCGGCGCAUGCGCUCCGUCUCGCCUGGUCCAACGAGCAGGCAGUGGCCGAACACGCGCGAAUUGCGGGUGCGUCCCCGGAGCAUCCAUGGGCAUCAAGCGCUUCCCGCAAGCGACUCUGUUGACACGCUGCACUCGCCUGCGUCGCCAAAGCAGCCGCUGCUCAACGUCUCCCUUCCGCCUUCACCCUAUCCAUCUGCGCCAUCUACGCUAUCGAGGGCAUCUGCGCUAAAGAUCAAAGCCCGCCCGACGAGCCUACGCACGCAGCGCCCGCAGGACAUCGGAGAGCAGCAGCACGUCCGCUUCGAAGCCGCAUCGGCGUCAAAUGGCGGUGGCGCCCGAUCCGAAGACGAUUACCCAGUGACCCCGCGCGCGACGAUCGCCGCGACUGCUGAACUGGAUCGCCCCCCACUACGGCAGAACAUGCACCUUCUGCAGGCAACGACAUGCUCGCUCGAUCGCGGCGGAGGCGAUCAGGGUCUUGGCGCCCUAGGCGCAUCUGCGGAUGUGUCCAAUCUCAUCUUCAACCUCGACGGCCGCCGAGGGGGCGUAGAGUGCAGCACGUCAGCGGCAGUCGAGGAGGAUGUGUUUGGGGGGAUGCCACUUAAGAGCGUGAUGCGAAGGUCACUCCCGCUUCCCAAUGUACCACACAUUUCGCAAGCGUCGUUGCUCGAGAUAGGGCGGGUCGAGGGGAUCACGCCGCCGACUAGCUCCUCAUCCAUGGGUCAGUCGGACGCAUCCCUAGCGCCGCUGCCCGAGCUCAGCACAGUCGUCAGCGCAGGCCUAGAGAUGGGCCUGGGCGUGCACCUUGCGACAUCGGCGCUACAUAACAACCUCCCCGGCGCGUCGGCCGCCGUCAGCAGUCUCGCCGAGCCGCGCUUCGCCCGCCCCGCGACGAUCGACUUCAACGCCAUCUCCCUGGCAGCCAAGCUGACUGAGCGCGAGAUCUGGACCGACGACAAUGGACCACGCUCAUCCGUCCUCGAGGACCCGACCUCGGUCGCGUUCGAGCACGCCGAGACCCAGCUCUCCAGGCGCCGUACUACGGGCAGCGCGCCUGCGUCCACGACCGGCCGGCGGCCAGUCCCCGAAGUGACUCGCGCAGGUCCUGUUACCCAUGAUUUCAGCUCAUCGCCAAAGGUGAAAAAAGUACCCAACGCCAACCUCACCUUCACGCGCUCCGAGCUCGAAGCCCCUUCGUCGGUCAGCACGCCGUCGAUCGACUACUCUGCGUCGACUGGCGAGCGGCACCGAGUGUCGGGCACGAACAGCACGCAGAUCGGCACGCCGUCCCUGCACGACCGGGCCAUGCUAUCGCCUGCCACGAGCCACCACAUGAGCUCUGCAGGUGAUUUCCUCAGCCAUGAGCACAGCAGCAAGGCCCGCGGCGGCCACUUGAUCCGUAGCGAACGGCGCGAGAGCAGGCCCAUGGCUCACCACCCCGUGCCGCCGCACCACCAGCACGGUGGCCUGAUCGGCGUCGGCGGCGGCGGACACUUUGGGCCCGGCGUCCGCGCUAAGGUCCUUGAGGUGCUCGAUCAGCUCAUUGCUGGCGUUCCGCUCGACGGCGACGACGGCAAGACAGUCACGAUCGCCGAGUACGGCAGCCUGCAAGGCCGCUCGCUGCCGCUUAUGCAGCCGAUCAUCUCGCGCUUCUCUGCCAAGGCGCAUGCGGGCCGCUGCACCAGAUCGCCAGCGGUUCCGGACGGCUUCUUUGGCCCAGACGACAUGCACACGCACACCGUCAUGGGCGCCGGGCGGCAUAUGGACUGCGCAGCGUCGCGCGUCAACUUUUCGCUCAUCCACGAAGAUAUUCCGCAGGCCGACUUUCGGCCGCUCAUGCAGCAGCUUGACAACACUUCUGAGUCGUAUCUCAACCCGAUUUGGCAGUCGCACUCGCAGCCGUCACUGCAGAAUAUGAUCUUUUCGUCGUUUGUCGCCAGGCCGUUCGCCUCGCGCAUCGCACCGCCGAACAGUAUCUACAUGGGCCUGAGCCUAAUGGACCUGCAUUGGUCACACACGCCCCCUAACCCCGCCGUUUCCAUGUCCACGACCGCAGACGCAGAGCUCACCGCAUUCCUCUCCGCCCGUGCCCACGAGUUCAAGCAGGGCGGCGCGCUGAUUCUGGCAUACAUUGCGCGCUCUGAUGAUGACGCGCGCCUGCGCACUGCGCAGUCACUCAGAAGCCUCUCAGCCGCCGCAGUCAGCGAGGCGCCACUGCCCAGCAAGCGGCGCAGCGACCUCUGGACGAUGCUGACCAACAUGCUUGCACCAUGCAUCCAGCGCCUCGUCUCGUGCGGUAUGCUCAAGUCAGAUGUCGCCCGCCACAUGCUCAGCCUGCCGCUCCAUCCGCGCACGGCCAAGCAGACCAUCGCGGUGCUCAAGUCGGUGCAACAUCAAUGGGACGUCGAGUGGAGCUGCGGCUUGGGCCAGCACGGUUCGCGGGCGGUCAACGCUCGCCUCAGCGAGCCCGACCCGGUCCGCAUCGCUCAUCCAGCCUGGAAAGCGCUCGAAGCCGGCACGUUGUCGCACGUCGCAUUUGCCGAGCACAUGAUCCAGCUGUUCAAGAACCUGUACGAGUCGCACUUUCGUGCGCUCCUGCGCGAAAAGGGCAAGCUCAGCAAAGGCGCCGUUGAAUUUGUGCUCGACUCGCUCUGGGACGUCCUCCACUCGCGCAUCGGCGACGAAAAUUCUAACCUCGUCGACGGCGUCGAGCUCGAAGUCUGUAUCUGCGCGCUGAGGAGGCUGUAGGGCCAGCUACAGAAAGGCGGGGGGAUCUGAUAAAGGGACCAAAUACAGUAUGGAACGACUGCCUUGCACGGCGAGGCUACCGCUCGACGGGCGCUUGUCUCCCCCGUCGACGAAACAUAUCUUGCGCUACCUUUUUUGUUG